AUGGAUGAUAUUCAGAGCUUCACUCCACUUGGUGCACGCCCCAAGCGCACGGCACGUCGACCCCUCCGUUAUGAAGAUUAUGAAACCGAUUUUCCUGAUACUGAAGUGCACAACCCACAUGGAGGGACACUGUCACCACUAGGCAACGCUGCCUACUCUCCCCUACCCCAUAUGCAUUAUGAGGAGUUCCCACAAGAUGAUAUGUACCCUACAAGAGCAGAUAUGGAGGAGCUGCAACGGGAGAGAUAUUUUGCCCAGCAGGCACAUGAGAGGAUGAGAGCGGGACUGGCUGACGUCCAGGCCAUUCAUACGAGUAUGCAGCAACUGCUAAACCGGGCUGAGAAUCUGCAGCUCACCACCCCACCUCACCAACCACCCUAUACUGUUAUUGAUGAAGAGGAGGACUGGCCUCCACCCCCCCCUUGGUUGGCUGAGUUUAAAGAAGAACCUGUCUCUAACCCGAAUCCCCUCAUAAACCGACUAGACAUAAUGAUGAACGAGCUUCAGAGUCUGAAGAGGGAAUCAUUGGCGGCCCAGGAGAGUCAAACAUUCCCCCCCUAUAAUCCCCAGCCAGUGCAUACUACCAUGGCCCAGCCAAAGAUCACGCCUCCUCCCAUGCAACGUCCUCCACCACCUUCUGAUCCCUCAUGGUGGACACCACCGGCCCAAAGACCUUUAAAACAGGUAGCAGCGCCUGAGAUGACCUACAGGGGUCCUCGCCCAAGCAUUCCCAAGCUCAUAAACCGGGAUCCUGGGGAAUUCGCUCGCCUGAAGAUGGCGCUGGAGAACCUACUGCCACUGGACAGUACAGAGCUAUUUAAAUACCAAGUCUUGUUAGAUCACUUAUACCUAGAGGAGGCUAAGUUAAUCGCUGACGCUUACCUGCAUUCCACCACACCUUUCAGUGACACUAUGGCUGCUCUUAAUGAUAAGCUUGGCCAACCACACCAGCUUGCCCUGAGAAGGAUCGCAGCUGUGAUGGACUCACCUGACAUUCGCAGAGGAGACGUGUUUGCGUUUGAGAAAUUUUCCCUCCAAAUCCAGUCACUCGUGGGCAUGUUGAAGACCUUAGGUCCGGACGGUGAAGUUGAACUCCAGUGUGGCUCCCAUGUGGCACGGCUCCUGAGCAAGCUCCCUCCAGAGCAGAGAGCUGACUUUCGCCGGUGCAUGUACAAUCGCUCUGGUCAGACUUACACCCUCAAUGACCUGGCUAUGUGGUUGAAAUACGAGUCAUGGUGUCAGGAUUUUGAUGGCCUACCCACUCCCAAGAAUACCACAGAGAGGCCUGACACAAAACCAAGUAAGCGCCCUACCACAGUGUUUCACACCACAGACAAUGCACCCCAUUCCUCUGACAACAACCUUAACCAACCGAAGCAGCAACCGUACUGCGCCUUCUGCGAGAAUCGUGCUCACCACCUGAGUCAAUGCCCUGAAAUCAUCAAGCUAAGCCAAGAGCAACUGACUGACUGGAUAAAGACCAACAGGAGAUGCUGGCGCUGCGCCCGAGCACAUCAGGCCGCUCAGUGUACCCUCAAGAAACCCUGCAACCUCUGCCAGGGUCGACAUCUACAGGUCCUUCAUAAAGUAAACACUGCCCCGAAGACGCCUGCCCCUGAAAACGUCCCUGCUCUAGAGGCUGGGAAUACAACUGGUGUCCUGUACCUCGACCGUGCUACAGAGAGCGGCCGCGUCUUGUUGAAGGUAGUUCCCGUCACCCUCCACCAUAAUGGUAAGACUCUGAGUACUCAUGCAGUUUUGGACGAUGGCUCGGAGAGAACCAUGCUGCUUCCCGCUGCUGCCCAUAGUGUCCUCCACUACACUAGUGUCCUCCUCUACACUAGUGUCCUCCUCUACACUAGUGUCCUCCUCUACACUAGUGUCCUCCUCUACACUAGUGUCCUCCUCUACACUAGUGUCCUCCACUACACUAGUGUCCUCCUCUACACUAGUGUCCUCACUACACUUAGUGUCCUCCACUACACUAGUGUCCUCCUCUACACUAGUGUCCUCCUCUACACUAGUGUCCUCCUCUACACUAGUGUCCUCCACUACACUAGUGUCCUCAUUACACUAGUGUCCUCCUCUACACUUAGUGUCCUCCUCUACACUAGUGUCCUCCACUACACUAGUGUCCUCCACUACACUAGUGUCCUCCACUACACUAGUGUCCUCCACUACACUAGUGUCCUCCACUGCACUAGUGUCCUCCUCUACACUAGUGUCCUCACUACACUAGUGUCCUCCACUACACUAUGUCCUCACUACACUAGUGUCCUCCACUACACUAGUGUCCUCCUCUACACUAGUGUCCUCCUCUACACUAGUGUCCUCCUCUACACUAGUGUCCUCCUCUACACUAGUGUCCUCCUCUACACUAGUGUCCUCCACUACACUAGUGUCCUCAUUACACUAGUGUCCUCCUCUACACUUAGUGUCCUCCUCUACACUAGUGUCCUCCACUACACUAGUGUCCUCCACUACACUAGUGUCCUCCACUACACUAGUGUCCUCCACUACACUAGUGUCCUCACUACACUAGUGUCCUCCACUACACUAGUGUCCUCCACUGCACUAGUGUCCCUCCUCUACACUAGUGUCCUCACUACACUAGUGUCCUCCACUACACUAGUGUCCUCACUACACUAG